UGAAAAUCCUGUCACGAUGAAAGUGAGAGCCACCCCAUCUUCCACACUCACACCUCUCCCUCUCCUUAUAUUUCUAUAACCCAAACACUCUCAAUAUCUCUCAUCACUCACUCUUCCAAAAAAAAGAAAAAAAAAGAAAAAGAAAACUCAAAAUACCAGUUAUGCAUUGACAAUAUGGCCUUCCCACCUCAUAGUUUCAUGUUCCAAGCACACCAAGAAGAUCAUGAUCCUCAUCAAGACCACCCUCAUCAUCAACAACACUUUCUUGGUGGUGGUGGUCACCACGCGCCGCCGUUUAUGUUGCUGAAGAGAUCGGUGUCGUUUUCGGGCGUCGACGAUCACGGGCACCAUGAUCACCACCAUCAUCAUCACAACAUGAGAUGCGAGGAAUUGCUGAUGCAAGGAGGAGGAGGAGGAGGGGAAGACGAGGCGUUGUCGGACGAUGGAUCGCAGAGUAUUGGGGGGGAAAAGAAGAAGAGGCUGAAUCUGGAGCAAGUGAAGACUUUGGAGAAGAGCUUUGAGAUGGGAAACAAGCUUGAGCCGGAGAGGAAACUGCAUCUGGCAAAGUCCUUGGGGCUGCAGCCCAGGCAGGUUGCUAUUUGGUUUCAGAACAGAAGAGCCAGAUGGAAGACCAAACAGCUCGAGAAGGACUAUGAUGUUUUGAAGAAGCAGUUUGAUCUUCUCAAGGCUGAUAAUGAUGCUCUUCACUCUCAGAAUAAGAAGCUUCAUGCUCAGUUGUCAGCUCUAAAAGGUGGUAGUACCAGAGAUUUAAACGAAGGAGGGCGAGAAAAUCAUAAGAAAGAAGGCGAGGGAUCAUGGAGUAAUAAUGGAAGUGAGAACAGUUCAGAUGUGAAUUUGGAAAUCUCAAGGACUACUACUAUUACUCAGGUAAUAAACACUUGUUCAUCAGCAUCUUCUCAAAUACUAAAUGGGAAAACUCUCUUCCCUUCAACUCUAAGACCCACAAGCAUAACUCAACUCCUAGUCCAAGGCUCACCAAGGUCCGAGCACCACCCACCUCAUCAAAUGGUCCAAUCAUCGGAUAACGAAAACCUUUGCAACAUGUUCGUCAAUGGGGGCGUUAACGUUAACGCCGUCGAACAAGAUCAUCAGCAAGGGUUUUGGCCGUGGCCCGAGCAGCCCUAUUUCCAUUGAAAGCCAGCCACCAAUCUCCAAUUCCUAUUUAUGGCAAUCUUGUAGCAAUUAAACACUACUCGUCAUCUUUUUGGUACGUAUAAGGAGCUAAGAGAGACAUAAUUAAGUUAUAUCUUUACUAUGAGCAAAGUUUUAAUUCAUGUUUUUUUGUUGUAGAAAUGGUGUAUAGAAUUUUCAACUUAAAUAUAUUUCUUUCGAUAUUUUUCACUA